AUGGAAGUUGGGAUAGAGGAUUGCCUGCACAUUGAGUUUGAGUACAACAAAAGCAAGUAUCACCUAAAAGAUGUCAUCCUUGGCAAAAUAUACUUUCUUCUUGUGAGGAUCAAGAUGAAGAACAUGGAUCUUGAGAUACGGAGGCGGGAAUCAACAGGUGCUGGUGCUAAUACUCAUGUGGAGACAGAAACACUUGCGAAAUUUGAGUUGAUGGACGGAACCCCAGUUAGAGGUGAGUCAAUACCUGUAAGACUGUUUCUUGCCCCGUACGAUCUUACACCAACGCAUCGCAACAUUAACAACAAAUUCAGCGUCAAGUAUUAUCUGAAUCUUGUACUGGUUGAUGAAGAGGAUCGCAGAUACUUCAAGCAGCAAGAAAUCACGUUGUACAGGUUGAAGGCAGACACAUCAUCUGUUUGAGUCUUGUGUAAAGCCUUUUAGACUUUUGUGUACUCAGAUUUUAGCUAAAGACUUUGUUAUUUGGGUUUGGAAGUUAGAAUGAAUAGUUUGGUCAUUGAUCAAA